CAACGACGUACAACGCGCAGGUUGAGGGUGCACAACACCGCCGCGGCAGCUUGACCCAGAUCUUCACACCUUCUUGGACCCUCAUACCGCAUCCCUUCUAUAGAUACUCGUACACGAUACCAUAAUGGCGCCCUCCAAAAAGGCGGGCAAGAAGGUGUCCGCUGCGCCCAAGAAGGCGCAGGGUGCUGGAAAGGUUGCAAAGGCGGAUUGGAAGGAAGGCUUCAAGAAGAAGCAGGUCGGCGUGUCGGACAUGACCCUGCUCACGACGAUCAGCAACGAGGCUAUCAACGACAACCUGAAGAAGAGAUGGACCAAUGGCGAGAUCUACACCUACAUCGGUGCCGUGCUCAUCUCCGUGAACCCCUUCCGAGAUCUGGGCAUCUACACGGAUGAGGUGCUGGACAAAUACCGUGGCAAGAACAGGCUCGAGGUUCCCCCGCACGUCUUUGGAAUCGCAGAGAGCGCGUACUACAACAUGAAUGCCUACCACGAGAACCAAUGCGUCAUCAUCUCUGGCGAGUCCGGAGCAGGAAAGACGGAGGCUGCGAAGCGCAUCAUGCAAUACAUCGCGGCAGUCUCAGGCGGCCAGGACAGCAGUAUUCAAGAGAUCAAGGAUAUGGUGCUCGCGACGAACCCGCUCCUGGAGAGUUUCGGGUGUGCGAAGACACUCAGGAAUAACAAUUCAAGUCGCCAUGGAAAGUACUUGGAGAUCAUGUUCAACGACCGCGGCGAGCCAAUUGGCGCGCAGAUCACGAACUACUUGCUGGAGAAAGGUCGAGUGGUCGGACAAGUGGACAACGAGCGCAAUUUCCACAUCUUCUAUCAAUUUACCAAAGCUGCCUCCGACGCUCAACGAGAGGCGUAUGGUCUGCAAGGGCCGGAUGCAUAUGCGUAUACCAGCCUGAGCAAUUGUCUCGACGUUGACAGUAUCGACGAUCGAGACGAUUUCAAUGGCACAUUGAACGCCAUGCAAGUCAUCGGUCUUACGGAUGAAGAGCAAGGCGAGAUCUUUAAGAUGCUCGCGGCGAUCCUGUGGAUCGGCAACGUGCAGUUCGUCGAGGACGACAGCGGGAACUCAGCGAUCGCUGAUACCAGCGUGUCGGAUUUCGUGGCUUAUCUACUAGAGGUCGACCCGGCACUCACGCAGAAAGCCCUGACACAAAGAGUCAUGGAGACACAGCGAGGGGGUCGGAGAGGAUCCGUAUACGACGUCCCGUUGAACCCUGCUCAGGCAACCGCUGGACGCGAUGCCUUGGCGAAAGCUAUAUACAACAACCUCUUCGAAUGGAUCGUCUCGCGCAUCAACAUGUCUAUGAAGCCUCGCUAUGCGAGUGCGCAGGUCAUCGGUAUUCUGGACAUCUUUGGGUUCGAAAUCUUCGAAGAUAAUUCUUUCGAGCAACUGUGCAUCAACUACGUCAACGAGAAACUACAGCAGAUCUUCAUCGAGCUCACUCUCAAGACGGAGCAGGAGGAGUACGUCCGCGAGCAGAUCAAGUGGACGCCUAUCAAGUACUUCAACAAUAAGAUUGUCUGCGAUCUCAUCGAGGAGAGGCGCCCGCCAGGCAUCUUCGCUGCUCUCAAUGACGCUUGCGCCACUGCGCAUGCUGACCCCGCCGCCGCAGACAAUAGUUUCAUGCAGCGCACGUCAGCUUUAUCCAACAACCCUCACUUCGAAGCGCGUGGAGCACAGUUCCUCGUUCGUCACUACGCCGGAGACGUGAUGUACAACAUCCAAGGCAUGACCGACAAGAACAAGGACUCGCUCAUCAAGGAUCUGCUUGAGCUCGUCACGAGCAGCAGUGACCAGUUCUUGCAAGGUCUCUUCCCUGACCGGCCGGAUCCUAAUAGCAAGAAGCGUCCGCCCACGGCUGGCGACAGGAUCAAGGCUUCCGCCAACGCGCUUGUAGACAAUCUCAUGAAGGCUCAGCCCUCGUAUAUCCGCACUAUCAAGCCCAACCAGAAUAGAAGUGCUACGGAGUACGACGAGAAAGCCAUUCUACAUCAGAUCAAGUAUCUGGGUCUGCAGGAGAAUAUCCGCGUUCGUCGUGCAGGCUUCGCAUAUCGUAAUACCUUCGAGAAGAUGGUAGAGCGUUUCUACUUGCUGUCCCCCAACACGUCGUACGCUGGCGAGUACACUUGGACGGGAGACUCGAAGUCUGGCUGCGAGCAGAUUCUCAAGGACACGGGCAUUGCAAGGGACGAGUGGCAGAUGGGUGUAACGAAGGCCUUCAUCAAGAAUCCCGAAACGCUCUUUGCGCUCGAGACGAUGCGCGAUCGCUACUGGCACAACAUGGCGGGUCGGAUCCAGCGGGCAUUCCGGAACUACAUGCGGUACAAGCAUGAAUGCGCUCGUCGCAUUCAACGAUUCUGGAAGAAUAACAAAGAGGCGCUGGCCUACGCUCAGAUUCGCGAUCAGGGUCACCAGCUUCUGGGUGGGCGGAAGGAGCGUCGGCGUAUGAGCCUUCUCAGUUAUCGUCGGUUCAUGGGGGACUAUCUGGACGUCAACGGCAAGAGCCCCUUGGGGGAAGACCUCGCAAAUGCGGCUGGAAUAGGAUCGGAGAACGUUGUCUUCAGUAUGCGGGUCGAGGUUCUCGUUUCGAAGCUCGGAAGGUCCAGCAAACCUAGUCCUCGUUUCCUGCUCUUGACUGCGAAGGCGGUAUACAUCGUGGUCAACAGCGCCAAGGAGGGCAUGACACUGGAUCGCAAGGUGCCUCUCGUGACCAUCAAGUCCGUUUCUAUGACCAAUCUACGUGACGAUUGGAUGGCUCUGAACGUGAAUGCUUGCGAAGAGGGCGACCCAGUGAUCAGCUGCUGGUUCAAGACGGAGUUCAUCACCCAUCUAACGCAACUCACAUCUGGCAGCGUCUCUAUCAACAUCGGUCCAAGCAUUUCCUAUGCGAAGAAGAAGGAAAAGAUGGCCGAGAUCAAGGCAGUCAAGGACGAGACUAUCCCACGAGACGACGUUUACAAGAGCCAUGCCAUCCAUGUCAAAUCCGGCGAGCCGCCUAACAGCCAGUCAUUCCCUGCCGCCAAGCGGAAGGCCGGUGUCGUGCGACCGAUUACACAAGGCAAGUUGCUCAAAGCGGGUGGGCCGUCGAAACCUACAUCAUCCUCUCGUCCCAAGCCCCAAGCUCAGCCGUUGCCCGGCAAAUCUGCGGUGGCCCCUCCCCCAGCUCCGCCGGCGCCGGUCGCGAAGCAAGCACCUGCCGUUACACCCAAAGUUGCACCCCCUUCGGGAGGUGGAUCACGCCUUCCCCCUGCUCCCCCGCGGCAAGCUGCGCCGCCUCCGCCUCCGCCGCCUCCUGCAGAGCCCGAGGUGCCGACGUACCGCGCCAAAUACAACUUCGACGGGCAGGAGGGCGAGAUGUCCCUGAAGAAAGAUGAUGUGGUUGAGCUUGUGGAGAAGGACGACAACGGUUGGUGGCUUGUCAAAAAGGAUGGUGCCGAAGGCUGGGCGCCGCACAACUACUUGGAGCUCGUGCAACCGUCCGCCCCUGCUGCGCCCCCGCCACCUCCGUCAAGGCCACGACCAACGUCGACCGCUGCUCCAUCGCCUACAGCGUCGAAGAUCACGCCAGCGGCGGCAGCGAUCAAGGCGGUUAGCGCCAAUGCGCAGGCGAAGCCGGUGUCGGUGUUCCCUGGGAUGGCACCCGCGAAUGGCAGCGCUGCGCCAUGGAAGAAGACACCGGCGACGUCGAGCGAGACGUCUCCCGCGUCGUCGCGUCCGUCUAGCUCCCUCAACAAAGCGCCGCCUCCUGUGGCUGCUAAGCCGAAGCCUGCGCCUCCUCCCGUUGGCGCGAAGCCUGGCGGGGGUAAGCCUCCAGUGCCCUCAGCGCCGCGUCCGAAGCCAGGCGGAGGCGCCGCGAAGCCAGCGCCUGUUGCGAAGCCUGCAGCUCCUGGUGGGCAGAUGGACCUGGCCGCAGCGCUCGCGAGGCGCGCGCAGAUGAUGCACGAUGACGAUUAGGAGUCUUGUACCUGUUGCCCUAUUGUAUACACGGGCAGACCAUGUUGAGAAUGUUACACGUGUUUAGAUCUCUUCACAGAACCAAUGUCAUUGCAUGGUUUUCUUGAUGAAAGCAUCCAAA